AAAGCUUGAUUGCGUAAGGUGAAAACUCUCACGUUUUUAUUGGUCUUUCUCUUUCACUCUCAACCAAAAUUUGCUUCUAUUUUCAGAGAACGAUUCUUCUCUGAUAUUUAUAACUCAAUCCCAUUUUCACAAUCAUCCUCACCACCACCAUUACUAGGUCACCAAGCUCCAAAAAAAAAAAAAAACCCAGAGAAAACCCUAAGUUCUUCUUCUUCAUCAGAAAUGAAGAACACAAAUAACAGUAACACAAAGCUCAUUCUUCUCCAUCCCUACAUUCUCAAGCAAGGAAACUCAAACCGUCUAUGGCUUCUUGCAAUCAUAUCCUUCUUCACAGUAGCUUUUCUCUUGACCCUAAUCUACACCAGAGACUCCACCACCACAACCGCCGCCACCGCCGCCGCAACCGCAGCCAUGACGACAGCAGGUUUAUCGGCGAACUCAAACGCCGGAGCCGGCUCAGCUCCUUUAUCGACCAACGUAGUCAACACUCUCUUACACUACGCGUCUCGAUCAAACGACACGUUCAAGAUGUCGUUUAGCGAGCUGAAACCCAUCGCUGACGUCAUCAGAAAAUGUUCUUCACCGUGUAACCUUCUGGUCUUCGGUCUCACACAAGAAACCCUUCUCUGGAAAGCUCUCAACCACAACGGCCGCACGGUUUUCAUCGACGAGAACCGCUACUACGCCGCCUACUACGAGCAGCUCCACCCCGAGAUCGACGCUUACGACGUUCAGUACACGACGAAGGCGAGCGAGAUCAAGGAGCUCAUCGCCGCGGCGAGAGAUCAGAUCAAGAACGAGUGUCGUCCGGUUCAGAAUCUGCUCUUCUCCGACUGUAGACUCGGCCUCAACGACUUGCCCAACCACGUCUACGAAGUCGACUGGGACGUCAUCAUCGUUGAUGGGCCGAGAGGUGAUUGGGCCGACGCACCGGGCCGGAUCCAGCCCAUUUUCACGGCCGGGGUUCUGGCCCGGAGCAAGAAGGGUGGCAACGCUAAAACGCACGUGUUCGUUCAUGAUUUCAGAAAGGGUUUGGAGAGAGUUUGUGGUGAUGAGUUUUUGUGUAGAGAGAAUCUUGUUGAGUCGUCUUCGGAGUUGCUUGGUCAUUACGUGGUUGAGAAAAUGGACGAGAGUAGCUUCCAAUAUUGUCGUAAUGGUAAUCAGAGUGUCGUUUCGACGAAUUCUUCGUCGUUGUCGUAGUUGAGUAAUGGUGUCGUUUUUUUAUUUGUUUUUGGGUUUUUGGUUCCAUACAUACGUGUACGUACAAAUAAUAGUGAUGUUGUAUACUCUUGGGUGGGAAAGAGGGAUGAUAAUGGUGGCUAUUUAUGAUCAAUUUGGUCAUCUUUUAGAAUUUUUCUUUUUUUUUUUCGUUUGGGAAUGUAAAAAAUAAUUCUUUUUGUUAAUUGUAAUGUGUACCAUGAAAGUAAAUGAAAUAUCACUUAAAUUUCAAUUU